CAGGUGAGAUAAUAGCACAGUGUUUGUUGUGACGGUGUAUGAAUAACUUCAAAUUAACAAUGAAGACUGUAAUCAGUUUAUGCGUGCUGGUGGCUGCAGUUUGUUAUGCUCAAGAUACAUACAAUCCACAGUUCGAUAGUUUCAAUGCUGAGGAGGUUGCAGAUAAUACACGCCUUUUGAAAAAUUACGGAAAAUGUUUCCUAGAUCAAGGGCCCUGUACUGCAGAAGGGUCUGACUUCAAAAGAGUCAUACCAGAAGCAUUGAGAACGAGUUGCGCUAAAUGUACACCCAAACAGCGGGUACUGAUCCGCACCGUAGUUCGUGCCUUCCAAACAAAACUGCCUGAUAUUUGGGAAGCUCUGAUCCAAAAACAUGAUCCUGAAGGUACAUACAAAGCUAGCUUUGAUAAUUUCCUUAAUGCUCAAGACUAAAAAUCUAAUUUACAACACUUAAUGUAUGGAGCUGGUAACACGACAGGGCUGUGCAAUUUAAUGUUUAGGAAGUGUAUAAAAAAACUUAAAAAAUGUUAUGACUCUUUUUUCAAAUCUUGUGAGAUAUCUUUUGAUUAUAGUAAAACAAACUGCGAAAGUCUGCAUAUUUGUUUUAUAGUCAUAUUCUUCACGAUGUUUAUACGAAUGAUAUUGUAAAGUAUAUAGAAAUCAUGGAAAAUUGUGAUAUU